AUGUUACUACGGACUGUAUCGGCCGCCACCGCCGAGACAACCGCCGGAGUGAUUAGCAAGAACAACAUCUCCGAUCUCUUCAAAAUAUCAACUUCUCUCUCUCACCUCACCCAAACCCACGCUCAGAUCAUUCUCAAUGGCUUCCGAAACGACAUCGUAUUGCUCACCAAGCUUACCCAGCGACUCUCCGACCUCGGCGCAAUGCAAUACGCACGCGACCUUUUCCUCUCCGUCGAGAGACCUGACGUUUUCCUCUUUAACGUCCUCAUGCGCGGCUUCUCCGAGAACGAAUCACCUCACUCUUCGCUCUCCGUAUUCACACAUCUAAGGAAAGCCACUGAUCUCAAACCCAACAGCUCCACCUACUCCUUCGCUAUCUCGGCCGCUUCUGGUUUCCGCGACGAGAGACCCGGCCGUGUUCUUCAUGGUCAAGCGCUCGUCGAUGGCGUUGACUCAGAACUACUCGUUGGCUCGAACAUCGUUAAAAUGUACUUCAAGUUUUCUCGAGUCGACGAUGCAAGGAAAGUGUUCGACAGAAUGCCUGAGAAAGACGCAGUUUUGUGGAAUACAAUGUUAUCUGGGUACCGAAAGAACGAAAUGUAUGAAGAAUCUGUUCAGCCGAAUUGCAGGAGCUGA